AGCAGAGCACAGCAAGACCCUCCUGACAACAUGGGACUCACACACGACCCUAAUUUCCACAAGCUGCAGGACUGGUACACUGCACAUGCCCUCAACCUGAACCUGAGGCACAUGUUUGAUUCCGACAAGGAGAGAUUCAACAAAUUCAGUCUCACACUGCCAACUGAAGAUGGAGAUAUUCUGCUGGAUUACUCCAAGAACCUUGUCACUGAGGAAGUCAUGAAGAUGCUUGUGGAUCUGGCGAAGUCCAGGGAAAUUGAGGCAGCUCGGGAGAAAAUGUUCUCAGGAGAAAAGAUCAACUUCACUGAGGGACGAGCUGUGCUCCACGUGGCGCUGAGGAACCGUUCCAACACCCCCAUCGUGGUGGACGGCAAGGAUGUGAUGCCUGAGGUCAACAAAGUGUUGGAGAAGAUGAAGGGCUUCUGUCACAGGGUUCGCAGUGGCGAGUGGAAGGGCUACACCGGAAAAGCCAUCACAGACGUUGUCAACGUUGGCAUCGGAGGAUCUGACCUUGGUCCUCUGAUGGUGACUGAGGCUCUGAAGCCGUACUCUAAGGGGGGGCCCCGAGUCUGGUUUGUGUCCAACAUCGAUGGUACCCACAUUGCAAAAACACUAGCGGAGCUCAACGCUGAGGCGACACUCUUCAUCAUCGCCUCUAAGACGUUCACCACCCAGGAGACCAUCACCAAUGCUGAAUCAGCCAAAGCUUGGUUCCUUGAACAUGCCAAAGAUAAAGCUGCUGUCGCGAAACACUUUGUCGCUCUUUCCACAAACGGCCCUAAAGUCAAGGACUUCGGCAUCGACACAGAGAACAUGUUUGAGUUCUGGGAUUGGGUUGGCGGGCGUUUCUCAUUGUGGUCAGCGAUUGGAAUGAGUAUCGCACUUCACAUUGGCUUUGACAACUUUGAGAAGCUGCUCUCAGGAGCUCACUGGAUGGACAACCACUUCCGCACCGCUCCUCUGAACAAGAAUGCACCAGUCAUUCUGGCUCUGCUCGGCAUUUGGUACAUCAACUUCUUCCAUGCAGAGACGCACGCAAUGCUGCCGUAUGACCAGUACAUGCACCGCUUCACAGCCUACUUCCAGCAGGGUGACAUGGAGUCGAAUGGAAAAUACAUCACUAACCACGGAGCCCGUGUGAACUACCACACUGGCCCCAUCGUCUGGGGAGAACCAGGAACCAACGGCCAGCACGCCUUCUACCAGCUCAUCCAUCAAGGAACCCGUAUGGUGCCCUGCGACUUCCUCAUUCCAGCUCAGACACAGCAUCCUAUCAGGGACAGCCUGCACCACAAGAUCCUGCUUGCCAACUUCCUGGCCCAGACCGAAGCUCUGAUGAGGGGUAAGACCACCGAGGAGGCCAAGAGAGAGUUGGAGGCCAGCGGUGUCACCGGGGAAAGCCUAGAAAAGAUCCUUCCUCACAAAGUAUUCCAGGGAAACAGACCAACUAGCUCCAUCGUCUUCAAGAAACUGACCCCGUACACACUUGGCGCACUCAUCGCAAUGUAUGAGCACAAGAUCUUCAUCCAGGGUGUGAUGUGGGAGAUCAACAGUUUUGACCAGUGGGGGGUUGAGCUGGGCAAACAGUUGGCGAAGAAGAUUGAGCCUGAGCUCCAAGAUGCUUGUGAGGUCAGCGCCCACGACUCCUCCACCAACGGACUCAUCAACUUCCUGAAGAAGAACUUUGCCUGAGUGACGCCAUGAACGCAGCAGCUUCAGUCUCUCCUUCCUCUCUGUGUUCCUCAUUGUUACCAUGUGUUCCGCUUCUACUGUCAGGAGGUAAACAGCAAAUGCGCUUUCACCACAAAAGUUGUGCUUGGAAUAAAUAUUGUGCACAGAUUGGUGUAUCUGUUUGAAUGUGGAACGUGUGGAAUUUGGACCAUACAUCUAUCUGUCGGAAAGAUAAUAAAACAUUACAAGUAGAGAUGGAAUUUGUGGAAGCUAGAGUCACAAAUACAGACCGUAAAAUAAACCUGGAGGAGCAGAAGACGUUCUCACUCUUGCCAGUAGAUGGCAACAGCGCGUAAGAUCUGCCCAGCAAUUCUACAGUUUCUCUUGGAAACGAAAGGUCCUAAAAUAUUGUCUUUUUGUAAAUACAGAGCACCGUU